AAUUACAGUUGAUUAAUCUGUUCGUUCUCAAAUACUUGCCACCUCGCCCGGUCGCCCUGUCCCGGGGGCGACGCGGGCGGCGAACAAGCCACGCCGCCCGCCCUUCUCCUCCCCUCCCCAGCCUCGCCGCCGCCCGAGCCGCCGCCGGCAAAGCCGGGCGGCUGCAAGGACGGCGGCGGCGGGGCUCUCUCUCCCUCGCUCGCGGCUAAGACGGUCGGGACGUCGGCACGGCACGAGCUCAGGGCAUGGCGUCGGCGCCGACCAGAUCCGGUGCCGUGGCAUCCAGAUCCGGUGCGGUGGUGGCCGGAUCCGGUCCCCCAGUGACGGGAGGCGGCGUCCUGGCAGCUCGGCGGCGAGGUUUGGUGGUGGGUUUGGGCGGCGGCGACCUGGCGCGACCAGGCGGCGGCGACCUGGCGGGAGACGCUGCCGGAGCUGCCUCCAGUACCGAGCACGGAGGCGUGGCCAGACGACGGAUGCGGCGGUGGAGGUGCCGCGAGAGCCGGUGGUGACGCCGGCGAUGCGGGAGGAGGCAACGACGCCUCUAGCCAGAUCUGGCUGGCGGUGGUUGCGGCUGCCAACGGCGGCAAUGACGGCGGUGGCGGCUGUGGCGGCAUCGACUGCGGCGGCUGGCUGGCGAGGCAGCGGCCGUGGUGGUCGAGGCGUCGUGGAGGCGGUCGCGCGGCCUCGUGGGUGGCGAGGCCUGCCAUGCAGGUGUCGUGGAGGCCGGCGACGUGUGGCUGUCGUGGAGGCCAGCGUCGUCCGGCAGCGGGAGGGCGUCAUGGAGACCGGCGGCGGUGUGGAGUCGCGGUCGGCGACAUGGAGCUCGCGGGCGGCGACAGCGGGUGCUGGUGGCUGUAGGCUGCGACAGCGGACAGCUUGUGGUGAUGGCCGUGGCGAUCGUGGACGUGGCUGCGGCGGAGGAGGUGAGGAUGGUGAUGGCGAGGUGGCUGGGCGUUCGGCAGCAGCGGCUGCGGUGGCGGAGACCACGGUCACCGGAGGCAUGGCGGCUUCGGACGGCUAGCCGAGGGCGUGGCAGACGGUUGCAUCUGGCCAGCGUGGCAUCGUUUGGAGGAGGGGUCGGAGACCGGCUUGGCGCAGAGGCGCAGCCGAUGGCAGCGGAGGCCGGCUCGGGGCAAGAGGCGCGGGCGGCGGAGAUGGAGGCCGGCUUGGUGCGAGAGGCGCAGCCGAUGGAGGGAGGCCGGAUUGGCGCGAGAGGUGUGUCCGGUGGAGGAGGCCGGCUUGGCGCGAGAGGCGCGGCCGGCGGUGGACGAGGCGACCUCGGUGUGAGGAAGAGCUGCCGAUGGGUGUAGCGCGGUCUUCGACGCACGAAGGCUGGCCGGCGGGGGACGCCGGUGCAGGGGUCCCACAUGUCGGCAGAGCUUGAGUGGUGGUGGAGCAUCGGUGCGUCAGCCGUGGAUUCGCAGGAUGCCGGGCGUAAGCCUAGUCUUGGCUCCUUGAGCCCCGACGGACGGCGGCAACGGUUUUCCGUCGCUUCUCUUCUUGAAGGCGUCGUUUUGGCAUCCCCUAGGGGGCGAUCUUCGUCUAUGUUCCUUUGUUGGUCUAGCGGCGGUCGGUCACGCUAAGCGGCGGCCGAUUCGGUGCUAGCCUUCUCCCGGGUUGUGUGUUGGCGCUGUCGAUGUGUGGGUGGUGGUAUAUUUUUUUCCUUUUUCCUGGUUACGACCAUCCAAGGUUGUAAUCUUAUAAUUUUUUUCUGCUCUAUCAUUAUAAUUUCGCACCGUCUCGUGCGAGUCGUUCAAAAAAAAUUACAGUUGAUUGAGUGAUCGACUCAGAACAAAAAUGGGGAACAUAUUGGGGGGAUUU